CUCUCCUCUCUCGCUCUCUCUCUCUAUCGCUUUCUCUCACUACGCCCGCGGCUCUUUUUGUCUUUCUUCUAGGCACAAUUGAACUGUUGGAGGGUUCCGAUUUCCGAUCACUCGCACCAUGGAAAUCGACCAGUUUGACUCGGUUGACUCUCAGGUCUCGGCCAAGAAGCUCAAACACCAUGAGGGUGAUGUGGCCAAGGAUUCUGGGAAGGGUACUGUUAUUGUAGGAUCAACAUCUGGAUCUGUUACUUCAGAGAAUCUCAAUGAUUUUGAGAAGUCAAGUGUCAUGUUGGGAACAUCUGGAUCUAUUAAUUCAGACAAUCUCAAUGGUUCCAAUUCAGAUAUGUCAUAUCAUAAUGAUAAUGAUGCUGAUGAGGCAGUAGAUAAUGAUGAUGACAAUGUUUCUGAUUAUGAUGACAAUGAUGAUUUUAUGUAUGAUGACGAUGAUGAUGAGUAUCUGCGUAUGCAAUCCCAGUUUGAUCAUGUGGAUUUGCCUCCUGGGGUAGAGGCAUCGGUUUCUUGGCUAAAAGGUCCUGUUCCAAGUGCAAAUUGUGCUGCUUCUACUGGCCCCUCAAUCAAGAAUGACAUUGUGACCCAGCCAGAAGGAGCAGGGAUACCUUCCUUAAAAAUUUACCUUUCAGCCAAUAGCGAAAUUGCAGAUCCUGGCUCAAGCAGUUCAACAGUUCUUGCAGAGCCAAGUUCUGUGAAAGAGCAAGAAGUAAAGGAUGAUGAAGUUAUAAGAAAAUUUCAACAUUUUAAACAGUUUGAUACUGUUGAUGAUUUUUCAGAUCAUCACUUCAACCGUUUGGGUUUUUCAGGGCAGCAGCCACCAAAGACUUGGACAAAAAGAAUUCAGGAAGAAUGGAAGAUCCUGGAAAAGGACUUACCAGAUACAAUAUACGUCAGAGUUUAUGAAACAAGGGUGGAUCUUCUGAGGUCUGUCAUUAUAGGGCCAGCUGGCACUCCUUACCAUGAUGGUCUGUUUGUGUUUGAUGUUCUUUUCCCUCCUACCUAUCCUGAUAUACCCCCGAUGGUGUACUACUAUUCUGGUGGGCUUCGGUUAAAUCCAAAUUUGUAUGAUUGUGGGAAAGUCUGCCUUAGCCUUCUGAACACAUGGAGUGGUGACAAGAAUGAGAUGUGGAUGCCAAAGACAUCAACUAUGCUACAAGUCCUUGUCUCUAUACAAGCUUUGAUACUAAAUCCAAAGCCUUUUUUUAAUGAGCCUGGUUAUGCUAAUAUGUAUACUGGGCCAGAGGGAGAGUGGAGAUCAAAAGCAUACAAUGAAGAGGUUUUUAUUCUAUCUUUGAAGACAAUGAUGUAUACACUGAGGAGGCCCCCGAAGCAUUUUGAGGACCUUGUUGCUGGUCAUUUUCGCUUUCGUGCCCUUGACAUUCUGUCUGCGUGUAAAGCUUAUAUAGAAGGUGCUGAAGUAGGGUCUGUGGUUGAAGGAAGAGCCCAGGAUCCUCCUGCCCAGGUGGAUACGGGCAAGACUGCUGAAUUCAAGGCAACUGUUGCUAAAAUGAUGAAUAGUCUAGUUUCAUACUUCUCCAAAAAUGGCUCAUCAGGCUGUGAGCAGUUCCUCCCCCAACGGUGAUAGCUGCAGAGACUGAUCUUGGGGCUAACUUUAAGCAGCUUAGUGCUUUUAAUUACAUUUCCAUGGUUUAGUUUUUGAUGACAUUGCACAGUCUAUCGGUAUAGAAGAACUUCUCUGGGUUCCGAAAAGGUGUAGAUAAAGUGGUGCAUUUAACUAUUUAUCCGUGCAAACCGAGAUCCUUGUCAAAAUCGUAAUUGCAUAUCUAAUCGUAAUCAAUCAGGCUUUCUUGUUAGCAUCCA